AGCGCAGGGAGAGUCGGGGACCGCGCGCGCCUGCCGAGGCGACGGGCUCCCGGGCUGGCGGAAACGGGCGGCCCCACGCUGGGCCAGGCGGGGCGAGCGGGAGGACCCAGCGGGGAGCCCCGGCAAGGGGCGAGGCUCCCGAGCGCAGGGGCCGCCAGUCCGGAUUGCCGUCGCGGGCUGGCGCUGGAGGCAGGGGACGCCGGCGCGCGGGCUGAGCGGACCGACUGACUUCCUGACCGACAGACGGAGGCACACCCCGCUCCACCCCACCCCUCCUCGCCCGCAUCCCCGCGCCGGCGCCGCCUCCCUCUCGCUACUCCCUCGGCCACCCCUUCCUUCUCCACUUCUUUUCCGCCUCCGCCUCUUUCUCGGCUCCCGCGGCGCCAGUGCCUUCCCCCGGCCCGGGCGGGGCGCCUCGGUUCCCGGCAGAGCUCUCCGUAGAGUCAGGUGGGGGGACGUUUCGUUCAAGCAGAGAAGCAGCCCCUGCGCUGGGCGAGAGGUGGCGAGGGAGCUUCUCCCGCGAGGACCGGGGGAUGCGAAGGAUGUCUUCUACUCCAGGCAAGGAGCAGUCUUGGCUCAGGGUCCCCCGCUAAGGGGCUCUUUCUCAGUCACUGUGUGUGUGGCCUGAUUGAAGACGGAGGGGAUGAAGUCCAUCCUCGACGGCCUGGCAGAUACCACCUUCCGAACCAUCACCACAGACCUCCUGUACGUGGGUGCCAAUGACAUUCAGUACGAAGAUAUCAAAAGCGACAUGGCAUCCAAAUUAGGGUACUUCCCACAGAAAUUUCCUCUGACUUCCUUCAGGGGAAGUCCCUUCCAAGAAAAGAUGACUGCAGGGGACAGCCCUCAGCUGGUCCCAGCAGACCAGGUGAACCUCACCGAAUUUUACAACAAGUCCCUGUCCUCCUACAAGGAGAAUGAUGAGAACAUUCAGUGUGGGGAGAACUUUAUGGACAUGGAGUGCUUCAUGAUCCUGAACCCCAGCCAGCAGCUGGCCAUCGCUGUGCUGUCCCUCACGUUGGGCACCUUCACGGUCCUAGAGAACCUGCUGGUGCUGUGUGUCAUCCUCCACUCCCGCAGCCUCCGCUGCCGGCCCUCUUACCACUUCAUCGGCAGCCUGGCAGUCGCCGAUCUCCUGGGGAGUGUCAUCUUUGUCUAUAGCUUCGUCGACUUCCACGUGUUCCACCGCAAAGACAGCCCCAACGUGUUUCUGUUCAAACUGGGUGGGGUCACGGCCUCGUUCACGGCCUCGGUGGGCAGCCUGUUCCUCACGGCCAUCGACAGGUACAUAUCGAUUCACAGGCCCCUGGCCUAUAAGAGGAUCGUCACACGGCCUAAGGCCGUGGUGGCGUUUUGCCUGAUGUGGACCAUCGCGAUUGUGAUCGCCGUGCUGCCCCUGCUAGGCUGGAACUGCAAGAAACUGCAGUCCGUGUGCUCAGACAUUUUCCCUCUCAUCGACGAGACCUACCUGAUGUUUUGGAUCGGGGUCACCAGCGUGCUGUUGCUGUUCAUUGUGUAUGCCUACAUGUACAUCCUCUGGAAGGCGCACAGCCACGCUGUCCGCAUGAUCCAGCGUGGUACCCAGAAGAGCAUCAUCAUCCACACGUCCGAGGAUGGCAAGGUGCAGGUGACACGGCCCGACCAAGCGCGCAUGGACAUUCGGCUGGCCAAGACCCUGGUCCUGAUCCUGGUGGUUUUGAUCAUCUGCUGGGGCCCUCUGCUCGCAAUCAUGGUAUAUGAUGUCUUUGGGAAGAUGAACAAGCUCAUUAAGACGGUGUUUGCAUUCUGCAGCAUGCUCUGCCUGCUGAAUUCCACAGUGAACCCCAUCAUCUAUGCUCUGCGGAGCAAGGACCUGAGACAUGCUUUCCGGAGCAUGUUCCCCUCCUGUGAAGGCACCGCACAGCCUCUUGAUAACAGCAUGGGGGACUCGGACUGCCUGCACAAACACGCCAACAAUGCAGCCAGCGUCCACAGGGCGGCGGAGAGCUGCAUCAAGAGCACGGUCAAGAUUGCCAAGGUGACCAUGUCUGUGUCCACGGACACGUCUGCCGAGGCUCUGUGAGCCAGACACUUCCCUGGCUGCACAGGAAAAAAAAAAAAAAUUCUCUCUUUCUUUUUUUUAAAGCUCAAAACCCAGAAGCGUCUGUCCUCUCAUCGGUUAUAUUUUUUUAAGUUGACCACGCUCAGUGAAAAGGUGAUUGUCACCAUGAUCAGUUAUCAGUUCUCUAAUGUUUCUAUAGUGUAGGUCCUCAAACUCAGUUCUCUGGAGGUUUACAGGGAAGAGAGCCUGUGGCUUCAGGGACUGGAAGGUCCUUGCAGAGUCUCAAUGAAAUAAGAGAGACACUUUCAGCUACACAGUUGAAAGCCCAAGUACCCAUAGAAAAAGGCCAUUAAAUGAGUAAUGCCUUUGUAAUCACAACUUUUAUUAUAAUGUGAAAUGUACUUGUCCAGAAAUAUCAGAGAUACUUCUGAUAUCUGAGAGAUCUCCAUUUUUACAACAGUUUUAGGACUAAAGUAGAGCUAUUUUGUGACAUGCAGUGUGUCCUGUGAGAUGUGUAUUAGUGUUUACUAUGUGUUAUUUAUAUUUGUCUAGUUCAGCAAAACUGCAAGGUGGGCUUCUAUGAGACCAAUGGAACCUAAGCAGUGGAUAUAUGCCAAUGAGACCACUUUUUAAAGCAUUAUUGCCCAUGAUCUAACUGUAGAAACCUUAAUAUUUUUUCAAAAAUCUCUAUUAAAACUUGACAUUGAAAUAACCAUAAAGUUUUAUUUUUCUGUUAAUCCAACAAGAAGAAUUUUAAGACUGUCCAAAGUCUUGAGCAGAACUCAUUGACACUUAAAAUUUUCUUAGUCCUGCAUUUCAUAUGAGGACUCAUAUUAUCUUCUGGACUCUAACUGUUCUGCUGAGUGAUGGAUUACAGGCAGAACAAAAGAGAGACGACUUAUUGACUUUUGGCUGAAAUCACUGACUUUGUUUAGUCUUUAGCUCUUACUGGACCUCUUAAGACAGCAUGUGUCAAUCUUAAUGUAAGUUGUUAGCACUGUGCAAUCGCUGUUUACUUGAAGAGUACUGCAUCCUUAUAUUCCAGGUUUAGGUAGAUUUCAUGCCUGGGUGGCCAAACAACAGUCUUCAUUUUUUCUUAAUUGAAAAGAAGUAUUGUCUGGAUCAGUGAAAUUCUACUGUAUGUGUGAAUAUAAAUGUGUGUGUAUGUGUGUGAUUCUAUCCUGUAACUGUUCUAGUAAUGUCUUAAAGUGAGAAAACUGUGACCACGUGUACGCUGUUCCCCUUGCUGCACUCUCACACAUGAAUUCAGUUUCUAAAGUUGAGUUCUUCCGGAAAUCUUGUUGAUAAAAACACUGAUCAUAAACCUUCAGAACCCUCCCCCUUUGAAACUGGCUCGAGUGUUAUUAAACUGACCUUUAGAUAUUUCACAAGACCAGUGUUUAGCAAGGAAUCAUUGACCAUGAACACUCAAGUCACGGUCUGUAUAGAGUUCAUGUCAGGAAAUAGAAGUAUUUUGGUUUCUGAUUACCUAAUGUUGAUCAAGUCCAUGGAAAUGUAAGUCAUUAUAAGGGAAGUGGUUCUAAAAGAAAGAGGAAAAUCCAGUAGUAACACAGUUUAGUUGUAUGUGUAGGCAGGGAGAUCCCAAUUUAAGUAGCUCUAUACCUUGCUCACUGGAGUGAGACUACCAGAUCUGGCUUAUGUGGUAAGAAGGCCAAUCAGACAGCAAGUGGGAGAGAAAAGGGCAGUGAGGAGCUGACACCCUUGGGAUGGAGGCCUGGACGUCAUGUGGUUGCUUCUGUGCUUCAAGCAGAUGCCCUUGGUGACAACCCAGCACCUGGCUUUGCCUGUAUAGGUUUGGGCUAAGGAAGAGGCUCUCCUCUGCUCCUGGUUAGCCAGAGGAGCUAAGGCAUAAAGAUGAACAUGGCUUGCUUUCUUCUUACACUCCAGUUCAUCCUCAGUGGUGCCAUAAGUGCUCCAAUUAGGCCCUUUCACAGUAAGCAUUGAUAGUGCUGAAGAAGCCAUUCGACUCUGACAAAUUUUGCUUGCAGACUACCUUUUCCCUAAAUGGAUAAAACGUAGCUUUUGCAUAGCUUGCAUAGGCCUGCAUAGCCUGAUGUAAAGUGGAGAGCUAGCUAAUCUGGUGGUUGCUAGCUAUGUGGUACCCAAACAGCCUGAUGGAUCAAUGUCGUUUCUUGCAGUAUAAGGCUGAAGAUGGCUUGUAGACCAAGCUGAGAUGUUUUUAAUUGUCUGUACAGCUCGAAUCUGCCUGCUGGUUUCUUCACUUUACCUCUCUGUCAUAUGCAGAUGAGGGCUCAGGGUGCUAGAGGAUUAAUAAGAUCUCUUUAGAAGGACAAAAGAUUAUUUAUGAAAAAACUCACCAGGGUUCCUAGUUUCCAUUGAAGAGUUUGCCACUCUUUAGUCCCAAAUUACCCUGAAGAUGAAUCCACAUAUCUAUGAGCUCACCAGGCAAUGCCAAUGCUCUUUUCACAGCUCUGAAGACCUGGUGAAGAUGAAAUUCUUGUUAUUGGUAGAAAAAUUUCAGGAUUCAUUUUUGAAACUGUAUUUGUGUGUAUGCAAAGUAGAUUUUAUAGUGUGUUGUGCUUACAAGAUCUUAAUCAUAUAUAAUCAAUUAAGGGACAAUGGGGCUGACAGCACUAAACUUGGUGCUUAUUGAUAUUCUAAGAAAUAUCUGUGAAAUAUCAUCCUGUAUGUGUUAUGCCACCUUCAUUUUAAAACAUUUAAAUGAGUUUGAUUCACUCUGACACUUUUAAUAUCAUUUCCUAACCCAAGUGACUCAAAUGCUCUCCCCAAUGAAUAUACUCAUUAGAAUUAUUAUUCAUUAGUACCAUUCAUUAAUUAGUCCCUUAAUGAGAUCCAUUGAUUUAAAUAUAAUUUAGAUUUCAGUACGUUUUAUAAGGUCUAGCUUCAGUUAUCUUCUUUCCUCUGAGGCUGACAUAUGGGUCCUGACCAUGCAUUUCACCAUCAUAUACGUCUUCAGACAGGGCCAAGUUGCCAACCUGCUUGGUUUCUUCAGAGUACUGAUGACUCUUUCAAUCCCAGACCCACAGUUUCAUUUAGAAAAAGAGGGCUGUCUCUAACAACCCUUACUUUUCCAUUACAUAGGAAAUAAGUGUAGAAGAAACAUAGAUCUGGAAGAAGCUACAGACAUAUGCCUACACUUGAGAUGAUCCCCAAGAUUCCCUAUCACUUUGAGUCCAAGUGGUAUUAAGUGUAAUGGAAUUGUGGCUGCCUAAACCCACACAGCAGGAAAAGGCCCAACCUCCUGAUGAGAAUUAGACCCUUGAUGAGUAGCAUUCUAGUUACUGUCUUGUUGAUUAAUUUCUGCCAUCUUAUGUCUGUAAAAGAGACCACCAAUAUCAUGCGCAAAAUUAGAUUUCUCACAAUCUAACUGUAUAUUUGUAUGAUAUUUAAAAAUCUCCUAAAUGCUGGGCAAUGGUUAUUAACAAUUGUCUUGCACUGGCCUUCUGAUGAAACGUUAACAAUGCCUACUGUAAUAUAGACAAAACAUUUUAUCUACUGAUUUGGGCUGAAUGUAUGUAAAUAGGUUUUCGAAAAGUCAGAUGUUUAAGCAGUGGCCUACAAAUCAGUAAUUUUCAGAUAGGAGAGUUUCUUUACACUGCUGUGGCAUCCUAAAAGCUAUCUUCACAUCAACUUAGUGUACUAGGCCUGCUGGGGAUGAUCGGCAUCCCCAAGGAAGGAAACCUUUUCUUGUAAUAAUAGGAAUCAAGAUACCAGAUGAUCUGGAUUCUUAUUUCCAAUGUUUCAAGUGGAAAACAUAGCUCUUUAUUGUCUGUAAAUCAAACAUGAUUACUUUUCCUCUUAGAGAAAUACUGUAUUGUUAGAUGUUUGUUGAGCUGGUAACAUCCUUGCAACCGCUGCAAUAUCUUUGUUAGUAAUAAAACUUUGUACACAAGUACUAGUAAGAUUGUUAUUCAAUGUAGCUUCAGUCAUUAAAUUACUAUAGUGAAGUAGUACUUCUGUAAUAUUUACAAUGUAUUAAGCCCACACUAUAUUUUAUUUCAGUGGUGUAAUUAAAUUGUUAUUUAUUCAAAGAGAAAACAUCCCAUCAUGUCUAUUGUCCAAAGUUACCUGGAAUCAAAUAAAAAUCCUAGAUUAUCACAAAGAACACACAGUGUCUUUGAAUUCUGCCUUAUUUCACUGUCUAAUGUCAAAACACUUGAGGUUUAAGUUCUGAAAGAUUGAUUUGUUCCUCAAAAGCAAGAAAGACUCUAUUUGAGAAAUGAGAACAGAUUAGAUUAAUAUAUUCAUUUUUAACAUAGAAAAAAAUGCAAAAAGCAUCAUUUACAUAAUAAAGGGAAAAGCCUGCCAUACCUUUUAAAAAUCAUUAUUUAAUUAAAGAGUUUAAUGAUUUUGCACUAAGCUAGAGCAAAUGUACUACUCAUAAUGUUUAAAUUAAAUUUGAACUUCAUAGAUUUAGUAAAACAUAUAAAUCUAAAGAAUUUAUAACAUCAUAUAUCCUGAACGAUGUGAAAAGAUAAUUACUUUUCAGCUUAUUUAUAAAAGCAUAUUUUUAUUUGAACAGUAGGAGAAAAUAGAAAAUUUUAUAAUGAAGUAAAAAAGCAUUACAAUGAAGUUUAUACAUUAUUACUGUCUGAAAUAAAGUAUGUUUGCAGUCAAUUUUGAAAGAAGUUUUUAAAUUUUUCAAAUGAUGAAUUGACAAAUGUUUGAAAAUAGAUCAUCUUUAUUUUUUAAAUAACUGUAAUUAAAAUUCUUCAUUCUUCUCUUAGUAAGCAUUGUAGUUAACUGCAUGAGCUAAAUGCUUCUAGCAAAGAGCAAAUGACAUGUGUUCUGAAUUCUUAAAUUUUAUACUGGGGCUUGAAGGGAAUAAGAUAUUAGGUUGGUGCAAAAGUAACUGUGGUUUUUACAUUGUUGAAAUUUGCCAUUUGAUAUUGGAAUACAUUCUUAAUAAAUGUGGUUAUGUUACACAGCA